AUGGGCAAUCGCAACUCUUCAACGGCUGCUGCUGCUGCGAAGGAUCCAUUGACGAAGCUGUUUGACGAAGCUGAAGCCAACUUCCCGCCGCGUUUUCGUGAACAUGGCUGGUAUCUGACGGUGCUUGCAUCCUUCAUCGGCACUGGACAGCAGAAGCUAGCUGGCCGGCUAUACGAACAUUUGGUCGCUCAGCCUCAAUACAAGACCUCGGCGGCUCGUCAAGCUUUGGUCCGUCGUUUGAGAGAGGCCUUGGUCAAGUGUAUCAUCAUCAAUGGGAUACCCGUCGUGAUCGAAGCCGUGACAUCAAUCAAUGAAGUGGAAAAGCCAGAAGAUAAGGAUUUCCCUUCCUCGCGAGAGGAUUGGCAAAUCGGCCCAGAAACAACAGAGCGAGCAUCGAAGAUUCUGAAAGUGCUAUAUAAAAGCGAGAACGGCAACCAUGCGCUUACUCUAGAAGCCCACCGGGAUAUUCCGCCGUACUCAAAACCAACAGCAUGGAUCUCCAAGAACGUGUCUUACGGUCUCUUCCUCUCCGAUCAUCGAAUACAGAGCAUGCAGGAGACGGAACUGGUUGUUCUCCCGGCCAUCAUGACGCAGAAUCUACAAGGACCGACGUACUGGCAUCUGCGGGCUUGCUUGAGGGUCGGCUUGGAAGCCGAGGAGGUUGAGGCUAUACACAAGGUCAUUGAGAGUGUUGCGGCAUAUUGUGGCAAGAAAUUGGAUGUGCAACGGGUUAAGGACGUGACAGAUGCUUGA